GACACGCAUGGAGCCACCUGUCCCUGUCCUAUCCCAACCGGCCACUGCUGGUGGGGUGCCCCAUGGCAGGGAAGGGGUUAAGGACCCCUCACAGGUUGGCUGAACCCCCCGGGGGGCUCCCCAAGGGCUCAUUACCGCGGCCUCAGCCCCCCUGCCCGGGGAGGGGGGGAUGAAUAAUUCAGCGCCUGGUAGGAAGACGUGUCCUCCCUCCCUCUCCUUCCUCCUCCUCCUCCUCCUCCUCACCGGCUCUGCCUUCCCCACCUCCCGCCACUCUCAUUCCUCGCCGUACCGAGCCCCGGGUGCCACCGAAUUCCUCUCGGUACCGGUGCCAGAGACCCCCCCGGCUCCGGUGACUCCCGGCCAAGGCCAUGGACCCCAAGGAGCGCAAGAAGAUCCAGUUCUCCGUGCCGGCUCCCCCCAGCAACCUGGACCCCCGCGCCGUCGAGAUGAUCCGCCGGCGGAGGCCCACGCCGGCCAUGCUCUUCCAGCUGUCCGAACACUCCUCCCCAGAGGACGAGAACCUGCCCUACCAGCGCUCGGGCGAGGGCUGCUUGCUCAAACCAAAGAGGACCAACCCGUGUGCCUACACCCCGCCCUCGCUCAAAGCGGUGCAGCGCAUCGUGCAGUCCCACCUGGAGAGCGGCAUGGGCGGGGGUGACAGCUCCGACGGGGAGCCCGAUGACGGCUGCGACCCCGACAGUGCCCUGGAGUCUGGUGAGGGGACGGGGGACCGGUGUCACCUCACGCUGUGGGUCCCUGGGGCCACCGUGCUGGCCCCUACAGGCGGGCAGAAGGUGUCCUUUGCCGGCGGCAUCGACGAGCGCGAGGAGGACCUGAAGUCGCUGACGGUGUCAGAGAUCCCCGAGGACCCCGAGGGAGCGGAGGGUGACGAGGAGGAGCCGGGGCAGGAGCAGGACGGUGGCACCGGGGAGCGGCGACACGUCGGCUUCGCCGAGGUGCCCUCGCGUCCUAUCGGCACCGAGCGCCACUCGCCCACCUUCCCGCUGGGCACCAGUUAGCUGCCACCGGGCACCGGGCACCGGCCCCCCGGCCCCCCGGCCC